UCGUCCAAUCAAAACUGUAUAGCCCGACUGUCUUCUGAAUGUACAAGCAUGGAGCAGAAGGUAACGAAACCUGAUGGCUGUAACAUUGACAGCUGAACGAGUAUGCAUCCUUUUGCGAAUCGACAUUAUCCAAUGAAAGAACCAAUUUGCAUCACCAAUUAGUGAAUAACACGAAUGACUUGACUUUAUUCCUUACUAUCAAAUUGUAAUCAUUAUUUGAUCUUGGACAACUGAAAAGCGUACCGGGCUGCUUUUCAGUCGGACUUUGGAAAUAUCAGCAGCAACACAGAGAAUCUCGAAAAAGGAACUUAACACCUCUACAAUGGCUACACGGAUACUGCCAUUGCUACAAACACCUUUGAAAGCAACAUGGAAUGUUGCGGGAAAGCUUACAGAUACCUCUUACUGGCCGGCUUUUCAUGAUGGAAAGAAGGUAGUGGUUUUAUUGGUUCCAGGGAAUCCAGGACUGGUUGAUUACUACACUACAUUCUGUGAGGAAAUUCACGAUGCUCUCUCACACUCUAGUUUAUCUUUGGAUAUUAUCGCAGUGUCCCACCUUGGCCAUUCUAGCAAACCCCUUAAUACAACCAAGCAACUUUUCACACUUCAAGAACAAAUUCAGCACAAAAUAGAGUGCUUUGAUAUAAUACGCAAACAGUAUGGACCAGAAACAAAAAUUGUUUUGAUCGGCCAUUCUGUGGGAAGCUUCAUUUGCACGGAAGUCCUGAAAGCACGACCGAACCAUAAUAUAGUACGACUUAUCGCACUAUUUCCAACUCUGCAACAUAUCGCGAAGACACCAAAUGGUGUGGCACUCUCCCCUAUAUUCCCAGUAAUUCCACGUACAAUAGUAUCAUGGUCAGCAUCUUUGUUGUCCUGGAUACACCCAACAGUUCGUAAGACUAUUGUAUCGUACAUUACCAAACAGCCCGAUCCUUCACUCUCUGUGACCUCGGAUCAACUAUUACAGAGAAAUGUCGUGAACAAUGCGUUGUUUAUGGCCGGACAAGAAAUGGCGUCCAUAAAGGAGCUUGAUUACGACUUUUACCACGCUCACGUUAAAAAGUUCAUUAUAUAUUUCUCACCAAAAGAUAGCUGGGCACCUCAGGACCAUUACGACGAUAUGAAGAGUAGAUUUCCAAAUGCCAACAUCACACUUUGCGAAGAAAACUUGCCACACGCGUUCGUUCUCGAUCAUGCUAAAAGUAUGGCCAAAAAGGUUUCAGAAUGGAUCCUAAACGUAAAUGACUAAGAGUGAAAGAGUAUUAUGAAUUUACGUACUGUCAAUUGUGCGCAUUUUAGAUCUUUUGGUAUUGCUGGUGACUUUAUCAAGCUAAACUAAAUCUAAACUAGAUAGAAUAAAAUGCCAAUGAUCGCCAUGAUAGUUUAUCUCGACUCCAAGCUGUUUUUGGUUGAAGCAUACUGUAAUAGACCUUCCGUAGCAGUGACUGGUAUUUUCGUAAAUGAGUACAAAUGUGAGAAAAAAGCAAAGCAAAAAAUUAAG